AUGACUUUUCAAAUGAACAUGGGAGCAACGAUGGCUGCCGCCAUCAUCUUACUGCUCCCUCAUGCGUCAAGCCACAAGUACCCCGCGUACUGCGCCAAGGACAUGAGCUUGAGCGCAAUCCAGCCGCUGGAGCGUUCUCUGGCGUCGUCCGUGGAGCUUGUGCAAGUGCAAAUUGUAGUUCGACAUGGCGCGCGCGCGCCAUGCUUCCCCGACGUGUGUUGGAAAGAUUACAAUGAAGAAUGGAAUUGCAAUAUGCGAGAGCUGUCGCGACCAGUCCUCUCAGAUUUCGAUGGCUCUCACGACAAGUCGACUUACAACCUCGAGUUUGCCAAAGUGUUCACAGGUGGCCGCAACAUUCGCCGCGGCAACUGCAGCGUCGGCCAACUCAUUGAUGAAGGAUUCCACCAAGAACUUCAAAAUGCCAAGCAUUUCCGCGACGCUUACGUCACGGCAGAGCGUGGACUGUUCGCGCCGAACGAAGCUGUCGAUGUGACCGACGCCACUGAUGUGCGCUUUGAAAGUAGCGACGUACCGCGGACGCUGCAGUCGGGACAGACCAUCGUGCAAGGGAUGUUUCCAACGGUGGCAUACCCCAAGCAACCCGUACCAUGGCACACCCAAGACAAAGCUGUCUCGAUCAUCUUCCCCAACGAAGCCAACUGUCCCGCGCUGGCGUCUGUGGCCGCAGACUGGUUGUCGAGCUCCGAACUCCAUGAAUGGCGCAUGGAGCCGCCAAACGUUGACCUCGACUGGGCGCUGGAAGAAGCGCUGGCAUCGUACAGCUCCAACAGCUUGUUCGACUGCCUGAUGACGUCCAAGUGCACGAACCGGCCACUUCCUCUCUCGGACGAACUUUUCCAUCUCGCUGCCAAGCGUGAAGAAGCGGUCGCGAUCAUGCAAUACGUUUUCCGGGACAGCAUCUAUUCCAAGAUCGCCAUGAAGGAAUUUCUCCAGGCUGUCAUGUCUCGAUUCGUCGCAGCGACCAUUCCCAACCAGCGGCAUCUGCGACUCGCCCUCUAUGCUGCCCAUGACUCGUCGCUCAUGGCCCUCCUUGCCGCGCUUGGAGGCACAGCGUGGCUCACAGAGUGGGUGCCGUACGCCAGCCACUUGAUCUUUGAACUUUACCAGUCCAAAUCAUCACCCGAUGCAGCCCAUCGGUUUUUCGUGCGCGUGUUGUAUCAAGGUCAGCCCGUCUUGCUCGGCCGAUGUACCAACGAGCUAUGUCCGGUGGGGGAGCUCGUCGCCCUCGUCGACGAAAUGCCGUCCUGCGACGUGCCGACGACGUCCAACCAUAGCGUCCCAGCAGUCAAACAUGUCCCGAUGAUGCUGAUGCUGGUGUCUGGCCUUGCGGUGGGCGGCGGCAUUGGCUUCAUUGUGGCGCGGCGCGCAUUGGGCUCGCUCGGUUAUACGUAUCAGCGCUUGGAUUAAGGAGUGGAAGCGCUUGACCAUGUACUGGGCAUGUUUCGAUAACACAUUAAUGGAUUGUGCCGCUGCUAAACAGGUAUCUCCAUGCAACUUAAUCGCCGCGGGGGCCAAAGAAAAUGUAGCGGCGCCAGCCAGUCUUCUCGAUGUCCACGCCGUUCUCCGUCAGCUUCUGGAACGCCUUGGCAAAGUCUUUGUGCCACAGGUCUUCGUCCUUGGCGUACAGCUCGACGUACUUUUUGAACUCUGGAUCCCAGAUGAACGCCAUGUCCGCCGGCAGCAUCAUGAGUUCGCCCGUCGGGUCCGUGUACUGCUCAGGGCCUUUCCACUUCUUGAGCGUCCACUUAUUCUCGAGCAGCUCACGGAAGUAUUCGUUCGAGAACGUCCACUCUGCGCGGGUCCACGGCCCGCUAAACCCACUGCGCGAUGGGUAGCACCGGCCGACGGCGUGCGCGCCGACGAGCGCGACGAUUUCCCGGUCGUUGAAUCCCAUGCGGUAAAAGAUUUCCCGGAUGUGGUUGAUCGUGUUGGGUUUGGAGCCCUUGUCAGCGUCCGGCAAGCGCCCGUCCGGCGUGCAUUCCGCACCGCUCGCGGCGUCUUUUCGACCCAAGUGGAACUUGACUUCGGGGCCACCCAUUUCCGAGAUGGCAACGACUCCCGCCAACACGUACAAGUCGGCGUACGAAAUGCCCGGGAAACGCUGCUUGAUGGGCUCGAGUUGCGCAAUCGCAGUGUCCAAUCCAGCAUUCGCGCCAUGGUUGAUCUCAGGGUCAUGGCGAAUGGUGCCGCCGUUGGAGCCGCCGCUGUUGUCCUUCUUGCUGUACGUGCCGGACGAGUGCCAGGCGAGUCGGACGAAAGUCGGUCCAAGGUACGCGUCCUUUUCGAUGAGCGACGCGAUUUCGGCACGAACCUUAGCUACGUCAACCGUUUGCUCCUUCGCAUGGAGGAGAGUCAGCGAGGCACCGGCAGACAGGAACGCUGCCGCAGACAAGGCCGUGGCAUUCACGGCCUUGGACGAAGUCGACGGCGACGACGCCGUCACAAUCUUGCGCGACAGAGCACGAGGGGCUGUCGCGCGGGCGAUCGUAGACGCAGCGCCGAGCCGGGACGCGCGGGAAGCCACCUGACGGAACAUCGCAGGGCGGUGCUGGCAAUUGCGAGAGUGACGAGGGCCUCACAACGAAGGCACAAAAUCCAUGUCAAAAGUGCCCAACUUCAACGACUGCUAUCCGGAUAUCAUAUCCGAAUCACACUUUGUCUGCUGAAUGGCCGCAUCCAAGGUCGGUC